GCCAAGUUCACUCGCAGAAACAAUCCAAUGUAGUCUCUGCAGAACCCUACACAUCAGCAAAAUCACCGCACAAUGGCAAACGAAUCGCGAAACUACCGCACAGCCCUCGAAAUCGCGGUCAUCUCCCUCGUCAUCUACUUCCUGGUCGGAGCACCCGGGAUAUCAUCGACAUCAACAUCAACCUCUUCAAGCAAAGACACAGACACCGAAGCCAAAACAUUCUCAGAAUCAAAUGCCAAAGCCAAGAUCGAACACCUCGUCUACCCAUCCAAAAACCUCCAAUGUCCUGAACACUCAUACACAGCACACAUCUACUCCACAAGUCCCUUAAUGAUAUACAUCGAAAAUUUCCUAAGUGAAACUGAAAUCGAGCACUUGAUCUCAUUAAGCGCCUCGAAAUGGACCCCCUCCACAACCUUCAACUUCGGCCUCGAAGCCAUCGACACCCAAAUCCGCAAAUCCGAAAAAGCCUCCAUUUCCCGCUCCAACGUGGUCCAAUGCAUCGAACAACGCGCUCUAGCCUUCCAAGGCUGGCCCAAAGAAACCUUCAUCGAACGCCUCUGGACUCAAAGAUAUAACAUCUCAGGCCAUUAUAGUUUACAUUACGAUUGGACGACAUCGUCGAGAAGUUCGAGACGAGUGAGUAGUUUUAUGGUGUAUUUGAAAGAUGAAUGUCGAGGGGGUGGGACGAAUUUUCCGAGGAUUGAGAAGAGGUCGGAUUUGGAGGAUGGAGGAGGGAAGUGGUGUCAGUUUAUUGAUUGUGAGAGUGAGGAAGUAGAAGGAGUGACGUUUAUGCCUAGAAAGGGCGGUGCGGUUUUUUGGGCGAAUUUUGAUUCCGAGGGGAGAGGGUAUAAGGAGACGAUUCAUUCGGGGAUGCCGGUGCUUGAGGGACAGAAGAUAGGGCUGAACAUUUGGAGUUGGUAUCAAGCUGGGCAUAGAGCUCCAGAUGAGUAGUGGUAGUAUUGAAACAGGUCUGCUACUGCAGUGAUCUCCGAUUGAUUGCUGUUGCGAGCAUGGAAAUGGUCAUCGGACUACGACAGGCACGAGCUCCUGUGACUUCACCCAUGGCACCUACGACUCACCGCCAGAACGAUGUAGCCAGCGUAGCUUCAGCUGCUCAUGCGCAUGAAUAUACCAGCGCCCUCAUAUCGAUUGUCC